GCGGAAGUGCACAAGAGGUCACCGUUGGUUUUCAAGAUGGCGGCCCUCAAUGUGCUGGUGUAUCCCUCUGGACGGCUGCUCCGAGGGCUCCUGGCUGGCCCGAUCGCGACCAGCUGGGCUCGGCUUCCAGCUCGCGGGUUCAGGGAAGUGGUGGAGAUCCAAGAAGGGAAGACGACUACAAUCGAAGGCCGGUUAACGGGGACUCCCAAGGAAAGCCCAAACCCCCCUAACCCCUCUGGCCAGUGCCCCAUCUGCCGGUGGAACCUGAAGCACAAGUAUGGCUAUGAGGAUGUUCUGCUGCUCAGUCAGUUCCUCCGGCCUUGUGGAGGCAUGCUGCCUCGAAGGAUCACAGGCCUGUGCCAGGAAGAACACCGUAAGAUUGAGGAGUGCGUGAAGAUGGCCCACCGAGCAGGUCUCUUCCCAAAUCACAGGCCUCAGCUUCCUGAAGGAUUUGUUCCGAAGAGCAAACCCCAACUCAACCGGUACCUGACGCGCUGGUCUCCACGCUCUGUCAAGCCCAUCUAUAAUAAAGGCCACCGCUGGAACAAAGUGCGCAUGGCCGUGGGGUCACCCCUCCUGAAAGACAACGUCUCCUACUCAAGAAAGCCUCUGAUGCUGUAUCACUGACUGGGAGCAGGGCUCCCGGAGAACGUGACCAGAGUGCCCGCACUCCAGCCCCAUCCCGCCACGGUGGCCCAGCUCCUCCGGCAGGUGCAAGAGGCGGUGGGACCGACUUCAGUGUCCCCAGCCCGCCUGGCAACAGCACCGGGAAGAUGGCUGGGUCCCUGAGCAGCAGCAGUGGUCUCAUGACCGCCGUGGGCCGUGUUCAGUGCGGGGGAACAGGAGUUCUCCCCAAUGUCAUAAACCAGGCUCAUGGACUCUUGCCACUGGGUGUGUGCUUGCUGCCUGGGAAGUGCAGGGGGCUUGAGCCCAUUUCUAGCCAGUUCUUGAGCACUGAGUCACUCAUCUCUUGUGAUAGGCCACAUGAAUGCCACCAGACGAAGUUUCCGGGCCAAGUGGGUUCCCAUGCCCUGUGUUGACAAGCCCUCAGCUCUUCAGCUUCCUCCGAGGACUCCUGGCUGUCCCCGCCUCCCCCAGCCCCUUCCACCCACCAUCAUCUCCCUCAUGAGCACAUUCCAGCCCUCCACUGCUUGCUCUAGAGCUGGGUCCCCUGGCACAGCGGCCUGUCCUCAGAGCCUGGACACACCAGACGGGAUCAGAGGUGUGGAGAAGCAGCGGGACAGAACAAACAGACCAAAUUCACAGCCAUUUAUGAAAGUAACAUUUAGACUCUAAUACACUCCCCCUGGCCGGCCCCUGCUACAGCAUAAAGGGGAGGUCUAUGUUCUUCUCGCCGGUGCCCACGUAGAUCGAGCCACAGCUCUUGGUGCGGGGAGCAUGGAAGAAGGUGAGGCCUGGCCAGAGUAAGCUGCGCAGCACCACCAGGGCGUUGCCCCUCUCCAUCUGGAUGCUCCAGGACCCUGGGAGGAGGCGGACAGGAGGGGAGGCCUGAGUGCUGGGGAGCCACAGCUCUGCCCUCUGCAGAGGCCCCCCAGCCCCUUGGGCAGCCUGGCCGGGGUGCUACGGUUCCACUGGGAAAGGGAAGACAAUUUAAUUAUCCGGCACUUACUCCUCCUGAUUGCCUUUUAGCCGUUUCACUGCUCAUUAAAACCACUUCCAGAGGGAGGGCAAAGGAAAUGAAAA